AUGUGUGUUGGCGAGAACUGCGCUUGCCAGGCCGUUCGCUACGUGAACGCGCAAUUGGGGGCGCUCUACGAGAAUGCCAUCGACUGUCUCAAGAAACACAACCCUUCUCAAAAGCCCCCGGAGCAAUCCAGAUAUUCGCAUGCUCUUGCAGAAUUCACCUAUGCACCACCGAACGCGAGAAGGGAAGUCUUCUUCAAGGCAACCUUUGACAAGCCAAAGCUGGAGUUCAUCUGCAACCAUGAUGCGCUUCUGCAGCUUAUCAUCAAGGACGGGUACUACCGCCUUGACCACUCCGCAGCAUCGGCCAUCAACUAUUCUGACAAGCCUCAAGAGUUGAAGAAUGUCGAAGUUUCGUUUCGUGUACCCUUCAGCACCCGCAGCUUGCCUGUCGACGACGAGGUUUUGAAGCGCAGCCAGAAUCCCCUUCAACUGAUCGUUCUGGAUUUGACGAAAGCUCGCCUCGUUUCCAUGGCUCCAGCAAUGACCACCAGCCAGGAAGCAUUUGCAUACUACCUCAAGGAGUACCUCAACUUCCUCGACCAAGCCGGCAAUCACAUACUCUUCUCCAUUCCUGAUGCCGACGACGCGAGAUAUCGGCUUACGAUCGACUAUUCUAUUUUGGACGGCCCGUUGCUCGAUGUCGACAUGAUCCAUGGCAUCGGGGUAGAGAAGAUCAACGAGUAUCUAUCGUUUGUCUGGCUGAAGGCUGAUAUGCUCGCCCGCGGGGACCGUGACAUCGACGACUGGAAGUCCCUAUGCCUCGCCGAGUAUCGCAGUACCUGGCACUCGCGCCCGGACCUGCAUGAACAUUUCCGCCUCCGACUUGGCGCCCCUCGCGUUAAGCCCAUUUGUUCCAGAGAGGCCAUCAUCUACUUCAGCGUCGAUGAAGUCCUUGUCUCUCAGGACGCGGAUUUUACUCAGAGGCCUCCUCCGCCGAAGUACAGUGGCUGGAAGAUUGCGGUCUUGGUUAACAUUGUCCAUGAAUUCGAUGGUUUCGUCACCCGCUGCGCGUUCGACCCGACGUCCGCUCGCCUUUGCCCCGCUCAUUCCACGUAUGGUGACUUGGACGGCCACGACGAGAGCGUCCAGAUCUGGUGGACUCGCAUCGUCGAGUUCUUUUCCACGGAAUACCUCGGCAUGAUGGGGGCCGUCAACCUCAACGUGAUCUACUUCUCCGACUCGCGUUCUCCCAUUGCUGCACCGGGUUCCAUUCCCAGCUAUGACGACGUCGACGUCGACGUGAUUGACGGGGACAGCAGUCCAGAUCUCCUCGAGUGGGAAAAGACAAUCAGCGACUGUCAUAUCUCCGGCUUCGACCAAGUCGUCACAAUAUCUCAGUCAACUAUCAAUAGGUUGUUCGGGUAUCUCUGGACAGCAGCGCAAAGCCAAACGCACAGAGAUCAUGCUCUCGUGGAAUGGCAAUACGAGGACCUCUUCAGUGCGCAUUUCAGGCCUGCCACCAUGCGUUUCCUCAGCAACGAGCGGGCCAUCAUUUGGUUAUACCUCGAACACGGUGAUUUCGAAGUACUGAGCGACCAGUCUCCCAGAAGCGACUCCAAGUACCACGUCGACGGCUGGCAUCUUGCAUUCGAGGUAGCCUUGAAGAAAGUCCCGCUGCCCGAAGUCGGAGACUCCGAGUUCUGGAUCACAAAAUACAAGGAGACCUCUGUCUACAGAGCGCAUGGAGGCCGCGAAGACCGCGGCCUUGAAUGUAUUGUGCUAGACUUUGCCGAUGCCGAAUUCAUCUAUCAGUUCUCCAAUUUCGCAGGUCUGUUCCAGCAAUCGCGCGACCAGACACACAUGGCCAGUUCUGGGGACCAAGUCCGCACCGUGAUCAAUUACCUCCAACGCCAUUAUCUGCCCUGCCUUGCGCAGUCGGGUCUCAACAUCAUUCAUACCGUUCCGAUCCGGAAGGUCGAGACGAGCCUCAUGUCUGUCGAGUGUUUGACUACCAUGCAUUUCCACGUCUACUCCGCGUCGACGAUUACUCUCGAGAACUGGUCUCACGCAUCUGGCAGCGCGGAGCCGGUCAUAGUCGUCCUCGGGAUGAUCCAAUUCCGUCCACUUCCUGCUCCUUGUCUCCCAUACUCUUCCAGCCUCACCAUCCGUGUCUCCAAGAAGAUCUCGUACGGAACGAUCCGUUUCACUCGGUCGGCCUUUCUGGAUAGAUGUAUCUUGAAUGGGCUCAUCCAAAUCAACUCCCACACAACCCUCAUACCGAUCUUCUCCAGUAUCGUCGGCCCUCGCCUGACAUUGGAACUCAACACCUGGGCCGAGAACAAGUGGAAAGGGACGCAGGAGUGCGAGUGGAAGGAAAGCCUUGAACACGCUGGUCUCAUGAAGUAUAAUUGGGAGCGUCAGGACAAAUGGGAUACCACUCAAAGUGAUGGUCUCAGUUACUCUGCGACUUGUUCGACGUGCAACGUCGUCGAGAUUCCCAUAGCGGCUAGGAAGAGGUCUCUGGACAUCAGGAUCUCGGGCGAGACUCACCUCGGCAUGUCCUUCAACUCCCAGGUCCGAUCUGGAAGCGCGGAGGCCAUAGCCAAGUGGUCUGCUGUGAUCAGCAUCCAGAGCGAGUCUGACGGCCUCGUUGUGAAGGUCAUAGGAGACCUUACCCCUACCAUCGAGGCUCCUGGACCCACUAUUCUCGGUACUCUCCCCGACCUUCGCCAGAAGCUCUACGACCACCUGCCCAAGACGAUCGACCUGUCCCAGGUUCUGGAUGAACUGAAGGCCUUCGAGGGUGCCUGGCACUAUGGCUACCUAGGGCUGCGGCCGUACUGCCUUGCAAACCCUGUUAUCAAUGACAAGGGCGACGCUAUCUUUGAGCUGCGCCCUCAGGGUGAAGGUUCCACCUCUGUCACUCUCUCGAAUGGCGGCAUGAACAGCAUGAACGGUAGCAAGGGGCACACAUUCCGUCCUGGACAACUAUCCUCGCUCUUUUCCCAGAAGUCCCCCAAUACCUUCACGGCAAAUCCGUUCCGAUCGAGCACCCCAAGCACAUCCAUGAUCGACGGGAGAAACAGCCCUCUUCCUAACGGCAGCCAUCGAAAUGAUACCCCGUCGUCCGCGCCAAAUGUGAGUGCGACGAUGGGACAGGCUGUAGAGGGAGAAGCGGGAGAAGCGGCCAACACGAUGGAUGGUAACACUGGGAAUGACGAACCGACUCCGGCUGUCGGCGAAGGUGGAGACAACCAACAAGACGAUGGUACGGGGAAUGGGGCAUCGCAAUAG